AUGCCGAAACCAGAUGACGACGCACUGGCCGAAUCGGCAGCCGAGACAGGAAGCGUUUGGUACUCGUGCAGUUGCCAUUGCGGUGCUACAUCAUUCAAGAUUUCUCAUGAACCUCUAGAAAGCGCGUCCAUUGAAAAGGCUGCGCCAGUGGCAGCGUGUAAUUGCUCCAUCUGCCUUAAAAACGGCUAUCUAUUGCUCUAUGUUUUUAGAACUGACAUUGAAUAUGUCUGCGGUUGGGAAGACCUACGAAACUACCGCUUCGCGUCAAAAAGCCGCGAUCAUAAGUUCUGUGGAGUUUGCGGCACAAGCAUUGGCAUAGAUUUCAUGGGAAGUAACAAAAAGGGAGAUAUUAUUGCGCGAAUCAUCCAGGGCAUUGACAUCACAAGACUAAAUUUGUAUCCCGCGGAUGGAAGGAACUACCAGCCAGAAUAUAACUGA